ACGGUCGCCUCCGGGGCGGGACGUUGCGAGAGCGGCGCGCUCAUGCACAGUUUCGGCAUCUUCCUACAGGGGCUGCUCGGCGUCGUGGCCUUCAGCACGUUGAUGCUCAAACGCUUCAGAGAACCAAAGCAUGAAAGACGUCCGUGGAGGAUAUGGUUUUUAGACACUUCCAAACAAGCCAUAGGGAUGCUGUUCAUCCACUUUGCAAAUGUGUACCUAGCAGAUCUCACUGAAGAGGACCCUUGUUCACUGUACCUCAUCAACUUUCUCCUGGAUGCCACCGUGGGCAUGCUGCUCAUCUACGUGGGCGUGCGUGCUGUCAGUGUCCUGGUGGAGUGGCAGCAGUGGGAAUCCCUGCGCUUUGGCGAAUAUGGAGACCCUCUGCAGUGUGGUGCCUGGGCUGGGCAGUGCGCCCUUUACAUCGUGAUUAUGAUCUUUGAAAAGUCUGUUGUCUUCAUCGUACUCCUCAUACUUCAGUGGAAAAAGGUGGCCCUAUUGAAUCCCAUUGAAAACCCAGACCUGAAACUGGCCAUCGUCAUGCUGAUCGUUCCCUUCUUUGUCAACGCGUUGAUGUUUUGGGUAGUAGACAAUUUUCUCAUGAGAAAAGGGAAGACGAAAGCUAAACGAGAAGAGAGAGGAGCAAACCAGGACUCCAGGAAUGGGAGCAAGGUCCGCUACCGAAGGGCUGCAUCCCAUGAGGAGUCUGAAUCUGAGAUCCUGAUCUCAGCUGAUGACGAGAUGGAGGAGUCCAACGUGGAGGAGGACCUCCGCAGACUGACACCCCUCAAACCUGGGAAGAAAAAGAAGCACCGCUUCGGGCUGCCUGUAUGACACAUUCCAAUGCUGGGGGUGACAGAUUUGGAGCCCAGCCAGCUGCUUUGUCAGCAGACGGUCACCCCACAGCAUCAGCCCUUCCUUCUCUCUCUGCCCCUCCUCUUCUACCUCCACUCCUGCUGCUGUCUCUGCCCUCUCCACCCACUCCCAGACUACCGUGACUUAAACAGAGGGAAGAAGAACCAGUGCCCCAGUUGGCUGUGGGCAGCCGUAGGUCCCCCGCUCAGUUGCACUACAAACACUGACCAAAUAUGCAAGCCGAGAGCUUUGUUUGUUUGUUGUUGUCCUGAACAGUGCUGUGAAGGAUCCCAAAGCCCCUGUCCUGUGUCUGACUGGGUGACAUGGUAGAAAACAGGUAUGCACGGACUGUGGGUAGAUCCUCUCAGUGAGGCUGCCGGAAGUGUGGACACAUGACAUGCUAGGGACUGAAAGUCACUUGCUGACCAAGUUGGAGCUGGAAUGCUUUCUUACUCAAAAUGGCUUUUGUAACUUGAUUUCUAAAGCCGAUUUUAUGAGCUGUGACAGUGUUACUGUUUUUUGAGUAUGUGUUUAUUCCUACAAAAUACCUAUGGGAUUAGUGGGCAAAACACAUUUUUAAGUCUUCCGUAUACUGUUCAACUUUUAUACUUUUAAGUUAUAUUUUCAUACUGUUGUAUUUAAAAACUUUUUAAUCCCCAAAGAAAUGGAUUUGUUUGCCUUUCAUGGGGUGUAAGCUGGUGGGAGGAAGAAGUCGGGAGUUUUUACUUGGAAUAUUGUUAGGUAAUUUUCAGUGAUGAGUCAAGAUAAGAUUCAGGAGGGGUGGGUGGUCAACAUUUAGGUGGAACCAGAAACCCAGUGGUAUGUAAAGGUCAGGCCUGAGCAGGAGGCAGCUGAUUCAGAGCUCUUUGGCAUCUAUUUGUGCUGGCACAUUACAGGUGUUAGUUAAUUUUGGCUGAGAAAGGAGACUUAAAGUUAGAUCUUGUGUCCAGAUCUUGGAAUCCAGACUUCCGGGCUGUUUGUGUUUUUUCUUUGCCCUGGUACCUGUCAGCUGCUGUCAUUUGCUCAUUUGCACAGCAAUCUGGAGGACGCCCGCCUGGCCAAGUGAGUCUCUUCCCAUACCCUCCAAAGCUGUGAGUGGACUAACAGGGCAGGCAGAGAUCAGAGAGUUCCCUGUCUAAAUUCAUAGCAGCACCAGGUGCUUCUAGGCUAUGUCCCCCACUUGGAUGGUGGCACCUACUCAGCAUGGCCACAAGCCCCUCUGAGAGUUUGCCGAAUGUGGUGGAGUGGGCUGAGCCCAGCACAUCCCUGCUGUGGAAGCAACAUGUUGGAGUUUGUCAAGCCAUGAACAUGUAGGAAAAAGAAACCUCACCCACUGCAGUAUGGACAGGAAGACAGGGGCAGUGAAGACCACUCCAUGCAUCCUUCUUUUUAAACCUGUGUGUUUACUUAACCAUCAUGGGUCUGAAUAUGCAUGGAUGGUUGAGCCAAGCUGUUAAACCAGGCCUAUAGGACGGCCCACUUCUGCUCACAGCUCUGCUUGUCCUAGAUAGAGGAGCACACCUGGGAAAGCCCUCUCAGUCUGUCUUCCUCUAGGAAUGCAGAGACACCACUGAGGCUGAGGACUAGAUGUGCAGUAGGAGUUGACUUAGCUAGCGUGGCCGUCAUGACCAUAGAGAGGAGAGGCUGGCAGUGAGGAAGACGUGCAGUCCAUCUUGAGUCCUGCAGGGCUCCUGCUCUUGUUUGUACCUUUACCUCCCAUCUCAUAGCUGUGGUCUUUCCCUACCCCUCUCCAGUGGGGCUCUGCUGACUCCCCUUUAGGAGAAUCAGGACUGACACUCCUGGUGAGCCCGUCAGUCCCUAAUGGUACCAGUGACUCUUCUCCUCUCUUCCGCCUUCCUAUUUCAGUGGUUGGACGACCUGUGGAGCUGUCUCUGCCACCUUCCUGGAUCCCAUAGCCUUAUAUUCAGUUGUGAGCUCCUAGUGUUUCCAAACCAGGCACAGAAGUUGGGGAACUCAAGUCUGAAAAAUGGGAACUCCACGUUGUGCUGACCUCAGAUGACCUACCCCUAAGCUCAUCCCAGCUCCUACUGAGCAGUAGGAAUGAAAGACAAAGAGGCAGUGAGAGCGGGGCAUUCCCUGAGGCUGGAGAUAUGGAGCUGGCUCAGCAGGGAUGGAGGUCUAAUAGAGUCCCAUCACAAGGGGCCACCUGGAAUGCAGGCUUGGACAGUGUGGCAUCAUGUGUUUGGCUUUGACUUCUUCCCGUGUGAGUGUUUGUACCUGCACCCACAUGUGCACACACACACACCUGCUGCAGGAGAGCUUCCACUAGUCACUGGGUCCCCUUGUGUGGUGCACUGUCCCAUGCACAUGUCCAGGUAGAGGCAGGGCUGUGAUCAGGACAUCCUCCUGAGCUGUCUUUCCCUGGGGUAAGUUUCCUCACCACCUGCUCCAACGUGCCUUAGGAGGUGCAGCCCUUCACCGGCCGAAGGCAGGCAUCACCAUGCUUGAGAAGCAAUGGGAUACCGAGGGAUAUCGUGUGCUGUUAAUCUGAUUGGUCCAAGUCUGGACUUUGAUCAAGUCACCAUGAUGGAAGCUUGCAAGUCAAGGUUAUGAAAAAGUUUCUUGUAACUAAUAAACCGAUGAGAAGGAACUGUCAUCUAACUGGAAGAGAUGGUUAUUGUUGUUAUUUCCUUUUGCUGUCAAUAGGACAUUGACAAUGGCAGGGGUGGUGAGAUCAUGGGUGGCAGUGGUUUCUCAAUCUGAAUACCCUGAAUAUGUGCAUUGUGAGUCUGUGGCCCCUCAGUCCUCAAGCAGGCUGGUGGCCUCCUGCCUCAAACUUUACCUCUUGCCCUAUCUGGCAACAGGGAGUCAUAGGUUAAUGGCAUCUGUUUCUUCACGUAAAAUAAAAAGACUCAAAUGCAAGUUGACUUCCCCUCAGCCUGGGGACACACUGAUGGCUGCCCCAGGAUCCUCCCCGCCACUGCAAUGUGGCCCUGUGAGCUUCCUGCUGGUCUGACAAAGCAACAACCUUCUAGGGUAUGGAGCUGACUCUUUGAAGUUUCACACACUACCAGCUAAGUGGCAGAGCUCUGUUUUACCCUGUAAGACAUUGGCAGCCAUAAGAGUUGUUACUUUUGGUGACCAACUUUUUGGUCUGACCAGCUUUGAGCACCUUGAGAUCCUGGAUAGGCAGGUAGGUUGGUUGGCUGGUUGGUUGGUUCGGUUGUUUUACAUUGAUUUUUCUUUUCAUGAAGUUUACUAGAAGUCGGACAUGAGGAAAAAACUGCCCACCUCAGCUGCCAUCCAGUGAUGUUGUCACAGAAAAACAUACUUAAGAUGAAAGGGAAGAUGAUAUAAUUUCAUUGUAAAAUGGUUUACAAUAAAGUUUGACAGCUUAUUACAGUUUUUUUUUGUUUGUU